AUGUCUAGAAAGCGAACUCACAGUAUGCUAGAACGGCGCCGUCAAAUAAGCGUUAGAUCUCUAGCUACUGUUGAUAAUGUAGACGAGAUUAAGAGAACAUUCAACAGACACAUUCAUUAUACUUUAGUUAAAGAUAGAAAUGUUGCUUCUAACCAAGAUUAUUAUUUUGCUUUGGCAUAUUCUGUGAAAGAUAAUUUGGUAGGACGCUGGAUUAGAACUCAACAAUCCUAUUAUGAAAAUGAUCCUAAAAGAGUUUAUUAUCUGUCUCUGGAAUUUUACAUGGGAAGAGCUUUAACGAAUACUAUGCUUAACAUUGGCAUCAAAAACAUAUGUGAUGAAGCGUUAUACGAACUAGGUUUGGAUCUUGAAGAAUUAGCAGAUGAAGAAGAAGACGCUGGAUUAGGCAAUGGAGGGCUUGGAAGGUUAGCAGCAUGCUUUUUAGAUUCGAUGGCUACUUUAGGUUUAGCAGCUCACGGAUAUGGCUUACGCUAUGAUUACGGGAUUUUCUCUCAACGAAUUUCUAACGGAGAGCAAGUAGAGGAAGCCGAUGAUUGGCUUGCUUUGGGAAAUCCUUGGGAGAAAGGAAGACCUGAAUAUAUGAAAGAAGUUCACUUUUUUGGAAGAGUAUUAACUGAUUCUUCAGGUUGUAGAUGGGUUGACACUCAAACAGUAUUGGCAUUGCCAUACGAUUACCCUAUUCCUGGUUAUGAAAAUAAUGUUGUUAAUACUUUACGCCUUUGGUCUGCAAAAUCUCCGAGUAGUUUUGAUUUGAAAUUCUUUAAUGAUGGAGAUUACAUCCGAGCAGUUUUAGAUAAAAACUUGGCUGAAAAUAUAACUAAGGUACUUUAUCCAACAGAUAAUUUUUUUCGAGGUAAACAACUCCGACUGCAGCAGGAGUACUUUUUAGUCGCAGCCACGCUCCAGGAUAUUGUUCGUCGUUACAAAAGUUCUAAAUUCGGCACAAGAGAGCCCGUAAGAACCACAUUCGAACAAUUUUCUGACAAAGUUGCCAUACAACUGAAUGAUACUCAUCCGUCUUUAGCAAUUCCCGAACUGAUGCGUAUUCUUGUUGAUAUGGAACGUUUACCAUGGGAUGAUGCCUGGCACAUUACAGUUCAUACAUUUGCUUAUACAAAUCACACAGUGUUGCCUGAAGCUUUAGAGCGUUGGCCAGUUGAUUUAAUGGCAAACCUUUUGCCACGCCAUUUACAAAUAAUUUAUGAAAUAAAUGCCCGUUUUUUAAAAGAAGUUGCAAAGAGAUAUCCAGGCGAUACAGAUAGAAUUCGUAGGAUGUCUCUGAUUGAAGAAGAGCCAGAGAAAAGGAUUAACAUGGCUCAUCUUUCAAUUGUCGGCUCUCAUGCUGUAAAUGGAGUUGCUGCUAUUCAUUCCGAAAUUAUAAAAAAGGAAAUUUUCAAAGAUUUUUACGAGAUGACACCACAAAAGUUUCAAAAUAAAACAAAUGGAAUAACUCCUCGGCGUUGGUUACUACUCUGCAAUCCAGGUUUAGCUGAUGUAAUAUCUGAAAGAAUUGGCAACACUUGGAUAAAGCAUUUAGAAGAGCUUCAACAAUUAAAAAAAUAUAAGAAUGAUCCUACAUUUUUAGAUGCUCUAGAUAAAGUGAAAGAAUUAAAUAAGAUUAAACUGACAAAUUACGUUAUGCAAUUCUACAGCAUCCGAAUAAACCCUAGGUCAAUGUUUGAUAUACAAGUGAAAAGAAUUCAUGAAUAUAAGAGACAAUUGCUCAACUGUUUACAUAUCAUCGUAAUGUAUAACAGAAUAAAGAAAAAUCCUGAUGCACCAUUUGUUCCGCGAACUGUUAUGAUUGGAGGUAAGGCCGCUCCCGGCUAUCUCACUGCCAAAGACAUAAUUAAACUCAUCAAUGCUGUUGCUAGCACCGUUAACAAUGAUCCAAGUAUCGGACACAAGCUAAAGGUCGUUUUUCUAGAAAAUUAUCGAGUGACUCUUGCAGAAUUGAUUAUUCCUGCUGCAGAUCUUAGCGAGCAAAUAUCUACUGCAGGCACAGAGGCCUCUGGAACAGGCAAUAUGAAAUUCAUGAUGAAUGGUGCCCUAACUAUUGGCACACUAGAUGGAGCAAAUAUAGAGAUGAGAGAAGAAAUGGGCGAUGAAAAUAUCUUUAUAUUCGGAAUGAAUGUGGAUGAAGUUGAACAACUGCAAAUACAAGGUUACAAUGCGUGGAAUUAUUAUCACAAAUUUCCCGAGUUAAAAGAAGCUAUCGACCAGAUAAGAGACGGAUUCUUUUAUCCUCAAGAUCCACACGCUUUUAAAAGAUUGGUAGACAUUUUGAUGAAUUAUGAUAGGUUCUUUGUAUUUGCUGAUUUUGAAGCUUAUAUUCAUUGCCAAGAGCGUGUUAGUGCAACUUUCGCCUCGAAAGAAGAAUGGUUGAAAAUGUCUCUAAUGAAUAUAGCGUCUUGUGGAAAAUUUUCCAGCGACAGAACUAUUUCCGAAUACGCAGCUCAUAUUUGGGGUGUUUCUCCAAAUUAUGCAAGACUUCCUGCUCCAAAGCCUCCGCCAGAAGUAGAACCUGUAUAA